AUGGCACCGACUUUGAGGUUCAGGCCAACUCCUCCAUUUGUCGCCAUCACCUUCGUCCUCCUUGUGCUUACCCUAGGCGCCCAUUUCCGCCUAUUUCCUAAAAGUGACACCAACCCUGGCAAGCCCAGCCCUCCAGUCACAACGGAGCCGCCAGGCAUUGGGUUAGACUUGACCGGAUUCUAUGGGACGGCCGCUGUAAGCUUUCCCAACGGGUCGAUGAUUAACAUCGGAAGGGUAGAAGGGUCAUCCCGUUAUGAGGAGGUCAUCCGGCGGUUAUCAUUGAGCUCAUCCACACACCUCCACCCCCCGUAUGUCAAACCGCCUGAGCAGUUUCAGGACCUCCCUCGCCAAAAACUUCGCUCGCUCCGCAAAUGGCUUGGACUGCCGGCUUCAGGGGAUGUCGGGGCCCUGGCGGCCAUGAUUCGAGAGCUCAAAGUCCAAAUAGAAGAUGUGCUCUCAGUGCCCCUGGCAACACUGCCCAUCGUCGUCUCCACCCCUCAUCUUAUCGCGCUCUACGAGGAAGACAUCCACGACGCAUUUGAGUACCUCAACCUUCCAUUUCCCGAAGACAUUCACCGUAGGCGCUCAUGGGCAUGGGUACGGGACACUGGAGCAGCGUUAGCGGGUUAUGGCCAUUUUCUCUGCUCCGAUUAUCGAGACUACGAGGCGUGUAAAUCUGAGAUUCAUGAGAUGCCGCUCGCCGAGGUCCUCUCCAUCUUGUACACAGAGAAGGGACUCAAGAUCCUCCAGACCGGCGUCAAGUCCGCUCACAUCGUGCUUGGGUUCUGGGAUGAUGAGGACCAGUGGGCGUUGGGUUAUGCGUCGCGAGAUGAGGAGGGCUAUUGGGAUCGGCUGGCCUUGAGACUGAUGGAGUGGAAGCGAAACUGGCCCGGCUCUCUGACCCCUGAUCUGGUCUUGCUCUUUGGUGAGAGCGCGGCAGAUGAAACCUUUCGCUCGGUUCUCGAAAGUGCCUUCAUUAAGGAGUUCGGUAGUGUUCCGGAAAUCCUUGGAGGGAGCGACGAGUAUGUUGUGGCCCGGGGGGCUGCGGAGUUUGCCAGACUUUCAGUCUUUGGGAUACAUCGGUGA